GAUACACAAACAUAACCUUUAUAUACUGAUCAACAAUGUGUGGCAACAGUUAUAUGAUGAGAAUUAAAAUUAUGUUAUACUAUUUUGGUAUGUACAAUCAAAAUAGCGAGAUUUUUUAAGAGAGUAAAAUCGGAGUCGGAGUUUAUAGUUAUCUGCAAAUUUGACAAAUCUUAUUUUCUUUAAAAUGGAGAAAUCCACGAGUAAAUCUACGCAAAAUGAAACUGAUACGUUGACAACUCCCAUGUAUUCGUCUCUUUCACGUAUUCAUAUCGAAUCGGAGGAAUCGAAAUACAUUGUUAAAAAAUCAAUUUGCAAUUUGUCUUUUUCAAUCAACUUUGACUUUAAUGAUGUCAAUAGCGAAAAUUCUACUGAUUCCGAAAAUGCCGAUUUACAAAUAGAUAUAUCUGAAGUAGAUAACUAUGAUUUAUCUAGCAAGCAUAAAAGAGAAGCUAUUGACGAAGCAUCGGUACUUAAUGAAAUGGAAGAAGAGAUUGAAAGACAACUUGAUGCUAAAGCUGCCAAAACUAAUUUAACUGCCACUAAUGUUAAGAAUAUAUUGAAACAUGUAAUCCCUUAUGAGCAUUUAAUGACAAUGAUACAAAAAUGGCUUCAAGAUACAGUGAACGACAACUUUGGACCUAAACUGACAAGAGCUAAAGCCAAAAAAUUAGCAGCUGAAAAACUCAAUAUACCAUGGCCUAUUACUACAGCACAAAAAACUUCUUCAGAAGUACAAGUGUUAAUUCAAGAGGAAUUACCAGAAGAUUCGUCUGAUGAAGAAUAUAAUCCUGAGCAUGAUAAACAGAGUGAUGAUGAUAGAGAAGAAUAUAUAGAACAUGUAGAGAAUACAUCAAGUAGCGAUGUAGAGUCACAAACAUCAAUGUCAAAGAAUAAUAAAGAUACAACUUCUGAAUCACAAACAUCAUCACACGUACAAUAUGAUCCUGAAGGAAUUUUCAAGAUACCAGUUGUACCACCUGUUUCGACGGUAGAAGAGAGUAUUGGUCAAAGAACACGUUCUAAAUUAUCCUUAAGCGAAACUUCUUUAGAGGAAAUAGAACAAGCAUUUAUACCACCUGAUAUAACUGCUGAUAUGACUGAUUGGGAUUGCGAUCUUGAUGAAGACUGGGAUAAUUUCUUAAAAGAAUUUACUAAACCCUUGAGACAAGAACCAAUUAUAGAAGAUGAUCCAGAAGCAGAUCCAGAAUAUAACAUCUUGGAGGAUGAGGAAACAGAUUUAUUGGACAAGGAAGAGCUCAGGACAGAUAAAGCAGUAGAAGUUCCUCGUGAAGAACCAUAUGAUUUAAUUGCAGAAUUGCUCGAAUUAACUCCUAUGUUUUUAACACAAGAAGAAGAGCAAGAAAUAUCUAGAAAAAAGAAAACUCCAUAUAACAUAACUCCGCCAAUUGAUAAUAAUACUAUGGAUUGUUCUAUGGCGGAACUGUUACCAGCACUUGCAGAACCUGAACAGCCAUACUUAAUGAAACCUGAACAGCAUCUUUUAUUAGCUACACAAUUUCGGCAACAUGUACAAUUAAUGACACAACACUUUGCUAUGACUUUUAUGCAUCCGGAAUAUCAUUACCUAUCAGAAAUAUGCAAGCAGAACUUAAUUGGCUUGAGACAUUUAGGUACUGGGCCUAAUUCUGCAUUUAACGUGGAAAAUUUAGAAGAAGCUUUAAAACUAGUGUCAACUUGGGAGCACAACUUUUCUGAUGUUAAAUUCUAUAUAAACUUGAAAAAGAAUACAACAAUGGACAUUCAUAAAACUAAAUCGUAUCGUGUAAAUAAGUACAGAGAUAUUGAUCCAUUUCAUCCUGAGUUAGAGAAAUUAUUUGUUGAAAGUAAGGCUCUUAUGUACCCGCAACUUCUACCACAUAUGCCUUUUAUAAAUGGAUUUAAAAGUCAUGUCAAAAGUGCCAAAUAUUUCAAAUCGGAAGAAACCUUAAUUGCGUUGGGUAUAGAACAGUUUUUACCGUUUGUUGCAUCUAAACCAAAAAAAUUUAAAAGUAAACAAAUGCAAUUAAGUGAUGCAGUUCAACUUAUUUGCCAUUAUAUGUUACCAUGCAGAGAUGCGCAAGGAGUAUUAUAUCAUAUUAAAAAACGUCGUGUUGCUAAAGAUUCCAAUCCAAUUAAACAUUAUUUUGAAAAAACACGCGCUCCUACUAUAAUACAUUACAUAACAACGGAAAAUACUCCAAAAGCUCCAAAAGAUCAACCAAUGGAGUUUCUACCUCUAAGAUGGCAAACAUAUCUCAGUAAUCAAAACAAUUAUAAAAACAAUUUGGUAAAAAGUACAUAUAUACUUGAUUCAAAUGGUAAUCUUGGGAAAGCGAUAAACAUGAAUUCAAUCGUGAGAUCAUAUCCCAGUGUUUCUAAUAAUCAUCCCUUGCGAAAUCCAGUUGUAAAUAUGUUGCCAAAAAUAUUACCUGCAACUUUAAACCCCAGAGCUACUUCAACUUCGGAUAAGGUUGAUACUUCCAUUAAAAGAAAUUCUAAACUCAACGAUAACAACGAUGGCAACGAGAAAAACACAUUUGAUAAUGUUCAGAGCCCUGAGGUGCAUGUAGAAACGAAUAAAACGCACAUAAGUCUCCGUAGCUCUUCAAAAAGGAAUAAUGCAGAUGUAAAGGCAAAGCAGACAGAUAAAUUGCUAGACAAAAAUGAUACUAUAGUAACUAGAAGCUCAAAAGUAUCUGAAAAUUUAUCACAAAUGUCAGCAGCGUCACCACAAAUACGUAAGACUACGCCCCGAUUAGCAAAAAUGAAAAGUGCUCAAAAUAUGAAACUGAUGGCACAAGCUUUAGGUUCAAAAAGUUCAUCUACUUCUGGUACCUUAAAAUCUAAAGAAAAGGAUAACGCUGAUAAAAACAACGAUGAACAUUGUGCUGUGUCAAAAGUUGACAAUGAAGAAGAAAUAGCAGAAUUAAUGCUGGCCAGUACCACAAUAAUAAAAGAUCCUGUGAGUAGGAAAAAGGCUAAACAAACUAGAGAAUUGGAAAUUAUUAAAAGAUUACUGAAAGCUGAAGACCCAUUAACUGAAGAAGAACGUGAAGCAAAAUUUGCAGCAUCGUAUCUUCAAAAACUGCAUUUGACAGUUCAAUCUAAUAAUCCAGAAACAUUUAAAGCCGUGAUACAAUUGUAUUUAGACUACAGUGAGAAAUUAGAAAAUAUUAACCAAGCAGUUGUUGAUGCAUCGUUUCCUGAAGAACUUUCAACGGAAACGUCACAAAAUAAUGCAAUAAAAAAAGACAUACUAACAGUUCAAUUGUAUCAAGAUAUCUGCAAAAAGUUGCAGAAUUAUCCAGAAAUGUGUUCAGAUUUUCUGUUAUUUUUAAAGCCACAUCAAGCCGCAAUGAUUGGUAAAUCCAUAGAAUAUAUGAUGUUACAAAAAAUGAAAGAUUUUGUUCAUGUUGCACAAAUAUAUUUUGCUAAACAACCGUCACGGAUAGCAAAAAUGAUGCAAGCCAUUACACAACUUUCAUCUGAUCCGCACACAACUUUGGAAAAUGUUCAUGCUGUUAUGAGUCCUGUUUUUAAAGGCCAUCCAUUCGUUAUGGAUUUAUUCUUGCAAGUCCUGCCGACUGCAAAACCUCCUGAAAGCUUAUUUGCACCUCACAUGUUUGAAAACUUGACAUGUCCAUUAGGACCUUAUGAUAAAAAUAUAACUUAUACUGAAAACGCACCAGAGUUAUAUGAGAAUAUAGAAUUACCUACAAUAGCUUAUCAGGAUGAUCCAUACGGUGGGGAGAAUUGUAAGUGUGAUUGUCACAUGGACGAUGCAAAUCUUAAAAAUAAUUCAGAGCAUUGUGUCUCCUGUGGUACACGGUUUCUUAAUGGAAGGAUUUAUCUCCAAACUCCUGAAGGAUUACGACCAGCGAAAAUUACGUUUCCUGGCGAAGAUCAGGAAAAAUUGGAAAAUAUCGCACGCGUAUCGUUGAAAGUUGCUGACAAAGGUGUUCCGCCAAUUUCAUCUAAAAAACGACGAAAACCAUCCAAAAAUAAUCCUAAUCACGAAGAUAUUUGCCAGAAGCAAUGCGUGACAAAGUACUUGCCACUAAAAGAAAAUGAAGAUAAUGAAAAAACAAUAGCAAAAUCUAAGAAGAAUGUCAAAUUUGCACUUAAAGUAGAUCAAGAUCAAAGAAAAGUUUUAAAAAGGAGGAGCACUGCGGAUGAUGCAAUUGCGAAUAAAAAAAUGCGUAUGACUCAAUGCAAGAAUAAACGAGAAAAGAAGACUGAAGAAACAGACACUUUGUUAGAAACAGAAAGCAAUGAACUUGAUAUUACGGAGCAAGAAAAACCAAAUGAGUUUACUGAAAUAGAAACCAAGAAUUGUACGCAAUUAUCAAUGCAAGAUAAUACAUUAGAUUCCGAAAUCAAUACACAAGUUGCUUUAGGUGUAAACAACAGCACAGAUCGUAAUCCAAAGGUUAUAUAUUUUACUUUAGAUAAUAGAAAUGCAGGUAUAGAAACGGUAGUUACGACAACGGCAAUCGAAGAUAGCGUGCAAUCAAAGUCUCAUUUAAUGAACAGUAAACCAUGGACACGUCAGGAAGAUAUGUUUCUACUACAAAGUAUCAAGAAGGAAUAUUCUGAAAAUUCAUUUCUACUCAUUAGUGAACAAUUAAAAAAUCGCACGGUUAAUCAGGUGAAAGAGAGAUGUCAAAUUUUGCUUUCUUUACUCGAGAAAAUGUUAUAAAAAUGUGUAUAUAUUGUACAUCUGCGUUUAUGUAUUUAAGAUUGUUAUAAUAACAAGAAUGAUAUAAUAGAAAUAUUUUUAAACUCGAAAUCAAGUUUGAUGUGUCAUUCUUAUUUUCUAAAAUAUUAUAACUAUCUUAAAUAUUUGAUGUGAUAAAUAUGUGAUCUCUCUAUAAAUAAAGAAUUAAAUUUUUAUAAAAUUUUAAUUGUUUAAAUAUCAACCCUCAGUAUACAGAUGGUAUUUACAAUUUAUGUUUUUGUUUAAAAUAGAGCCAUUUACAAUGUAGCGCGAACUUUUUAUUCUCACGUGACUGAAUUCAGUUCGCACCAGAAGUAUAGAGAGCACUAGGUAUCCAGUAUUCUUCAUUUUUUAUAACUUGUUGCGAUCUUCUCCGCAUCAAAUUGAUUAAAUUUUGCAUGUACUCUUGUCGCUGUGAUAAUUGCUGCCAAACUUGAUGCACAUGGUUCCGUAAGGCUUCUCUUGUUCGCCAGCUCUCCAUGAUAAUGUUAUUUGACUUCAAACAUUUUCAAUAUGUACAGGAAACUUUGCUGGCUAUCGAAUUUGUUGAAUAUUUGGAUUUUCAUCAAACCAUGCUUGCACUAAUCUUGAAAUAUGGAUGGCACUAUUGUGUUGCAUUACUUCAACAACUGGAUGCUGUUCUUCUAGAUAAAUUCUUCUGAUGCCAAGUUUCAACACUUCUUGCAGAAUUUCCACGUAUUCUCCAGCAUACAUUCUUGGAGAUAUCUCUUGAAGAUUUGCCAAUCCACUUGAAGUCAUGCUUCCCCAGAAUCCUAUUGUGGUUCUGCAGGUAUUUUCUGAUGAGAAAACGUAUUUUGGAUUUAAUUGCAAUCAAUUUGAUCGCCGGACUUUACGUCGCCCUUCUUCUGCGGAUGAGAAGACUUUUUCGUCCAUCCAAAUGACGGCAUUUCAUUCUUCUUGAGGUGUAUUCAAAUACUCUCGCGAAUUGUAUUCUUUCCAUCCUAUGUUCUGGCUUGAGCUCUUUUCUUUGCUGCAGGAUGUGAGUGUAUACCUGCAGCACGUGGCCGACGUCUAACUGUUCCUGCAGAAAUAUUUAAUUCCCUGUUCCUUAAAAUGUUUGCAACUGGAUCAAAAGGAUUUUCAUCGACAGCUCUUAUUAUUUCUUCAUUUUUGUUCCGGAGUAGUUUUCUGUGGAUUUCUAUUAUUUUUUCGAUGAUCUUGAAGAUUUUC